GAAACCGAAGAUGCAGUUUCUUCUCCCUUAAUGCUCUCGUCCACCCCUUCGCCUUCACACAACCGUCCAUUCAUUGAAUACAUCGAAGCUAAAAUGGCCGUGACGCUGUUCAAUCUCUUCCAUUUGUGUGUUCUUUUAGUUGACAUCUCGGUGCAUUGCACUCUUCUCUGUGCACAUUAUAGGAGGCGAGGUUAUUCUCCACAGGCCAGGUCAGGGUCUCUUCGUCAACUGAAGCUUGUGGUUACGAUGGUAGCUAGUGAAAAGAAGGAAGAUGUCAGGGUUAAGGAGAAAGACCAUGUUAAAACAGCUGUUUAUAAGCUCAACUUACACUGUAUUGGAUGUGCUCGUGCCAUUGAGAAACCAAUUAUAAGAACACAAGGAGUACAAAAUGUUAAUAUUGAUGUGGAGAGCGGCAAAGUUAUGGUUAAGGGAGUAUUUAAUGCAAAAAAAAUGCAUGAACUAAUUGAGAAGAAGAGCAAAAGAAAAGUUGAGUGGCUAUCACCUAAGCCCGAGCACAAGGUACUGAAGAAGGAAGCGAUGAUUGAAAAUAUACAAGAGGAGGAAGUUGCUAAAACCACAGUCAUAAAGCUUCAUUUGCCCUGUCAGAAAUGUGCAAUUGAUUUGGAGAAUGAAUUGCUGAAACUUAGAGGGGUUUAUAGAGUGAAAAUUGACAGAGGAGAGGAGACUUGCACCAUUGUUGGGAUUGUAGAAGAAGAAAACUUGAUCAAAUACAUACACAAGAAGGCGGGCAAACGUGGAGAAAUCAUUCGGCCGAAGCAGAAGAGUGAAGUGAAGAAGAUUAAAGAAGAUGUGGGUGAGAAGAUAGAAGAGUCGAAGAGCACAGAUGUUGUUAGAGCGCCUUAUUUCAUUCAUUGCACGCAUGCUCCACAGUGGUUUAGUGAUGAAGACCCAAACUCUUGUACUGUAAUGUGAUUUAUAUUUUGGCUUUGGAUUCUAAAGUAGAGUUGUGAUUGAUUACAUGCAUCAUUAUGUAAUAUUCUUUAGUUAUAUGUUAAUUAUUAUCUGA